UCCCCUUGAUUUGAAUUUGAAAAUUUUUGCACAAUUUUUGUCUUCCCCUUCAUUCCUGCGGGAACAACAAGCCUGUGAAGACUGAAGAGAGAGAAACAAAACAAGAGUUUUGUAGAACGAGGGAGAGUAGGCUAGUACAGUAAAGUCGCCGCGCUCUACUUGAAUUCAAAUUCAUUUUUCCAUUUUUCUACUUUUAUAAAACUAAUCCCCAAAUCAUACACUGACACACACAUUAACAAAAACCAAGAUUCUCUCCUCCAAAACUUCAAAAACCCUCAAACCUAAAUACCCGCGCUUCCAAAAAAAAACUCAAUCUCAUUUCUUUCUCAUUCAUUUCUUCAUUAAUCUCAAAAUUAAGAAAUACCCAUCAAAGUUUAAUGAGUUUUCUACCAACCCUUUUCACCAAUUUCAGAUUCGUUUGAUUUUUUUGUUGAUCUGGGAGUGUUUCUUGAUUUUUGUCCCUUUUGAUUAUUUUGUUUCCUUUUUUGAAUAUCUUCAAAUUGAAGAUUUGGGUUUUUUUUUUUGUAAAAGGGUUGAUUUUUUUACUAUAAGUAGAUAAAUGGGUGAUGAUUUGAGUUCUCAUUGUGCUUUUGAGUCAUCCAAAAAGAUCCCACUAUCUGAUUCUAAGAUGGUGAUAGGUUUAAAGCGGCGCGGCGAGGAUUUGGAAGAAGACUCUCAUGUAAGCCGAAAGCAGAUUAAGAUUAGAGAUCUUCAAUCAGUUCUUCAAUCGGAAGUAAUUGAUACGAGCGAACCUGGAGCUUCUCAACUAGAAGAAACCGAGGAACAUAUGGACAUUGUAGAGACCCAAAGUUCGCAAGUUCUUGAUAAGAAUGCUGUUGAAAAUGCAGAAGCAAGACACUUAGAAGGAGGAUCGAUAAAUGUGUAUGUGCCUUUGGGUGACCGUAGUGGUUCUAUGCCACUGGACCUCAAUACUGAAGUGUGCACUGAUGAAAAUUCAGGUUAUAAUAAUGCUGUUGUGUCUUUAGAUGAUUCUAGAAAACAUUCUUCAUGUGCAAAAGCCAAAGGAAGCGUUGAGCAUAAUUAUCUCCAUUUGGGUGGCAAUCGCUUGGAUCUUAAUGUUGAAGAUGUUGCUAGUUCUGUGAAUCAUGAUUCUCUCUACACCUGUAGAUCUCAAAACGGUCCUAAGGUGAGGGAAACUUCUGAUAGUGGGAGAACCACAGGCCGCUUGGAUGAUAAAGAUGCUUUAAAAAAGUGGAAAGAGAUGAAGAAAAAUGGUUUUAUGUCGUCUUCUUAUGGUUAUGGAGGCAUUCCGCCACCCCCUAAGCAGCGUGGAAGGAAGGGCAAAAAUGAGGUGCUCAAGCAGAAGAUGGAACAAGCAAAGAAAGAACAGGUCGAUAGGUUUACUAAGAUUGCUGCUCCUAGUGGAUUGCUUAAUGGAUUGAACCCUGGGAUUAUAAAUCAUGUGAGGAAUAGUAAACAAGUGCAUUCCAUAAUUCAGGCACUUGUGAGGUCUGAGAAACGAGAAAAUCGUAGACAAGCUAGUGAGAUGAGAGCUGGAAGUGGAGAACUAAAUGAAAGAAUUACAGAACAAGGAUAUGUAAAUUUCACAGGGGUACAUGGAUCCGGUCUCUCUUAUGCAGUUUCAUCUUUCAGUUUAAUGCCAGAAAGCACAUUACCAUGCGAGAACCAGUUUUCACAUAAUAAUUCUGCCUUAUAUAAUUCGGAGGAUAGGAAUGGAUGUGGCGACUCAGUCGCUGAAGAGCAAAGGUGCUGUGCAAAAACAUCUUUUUUUUCAUACCCCGAGAAUCACAGUGAGGAUGAUAUACUUGCUCUGAAGUUAGCAUCAUCAACAAAGGUCACAGAAAGUACUAGCUGUGUUUCCAAUGAGGAAUCAGCGAAUGGUAGCAGUGUCGACACUCUUUCUGUUAAAGCGGCUACAGUAGCUUCUCAGUGGUUGCAACUUAUGCAUCAGGACAUAAAAGGGCGUCUUGCCGCCUUGCGUCGCAGUAAGAAGAGAGUACGUGCUGUUAUUACCACGGAGUUGCCCUUUCUUCUGUCUAAAGAAUUCCCUUCAAACCAGGAGAAUAUUCCUGAUGCCGUGAAAGAUUUUGCUUCUGGUUACCCUACUAAAGCAACAGCUGAAAUGCAUCAGUCUCAUUGGGGUAAAUUGUUCAACCAGAUGGACAGUGCUCUCUCCGAUGAAGAGAAACAGCUGGAGAGCUGGCUGAAUCGAGUAAAUAAAAUGAUGCUACACUGUGAUCAAGGUCUCCAACAUAUACAAUGGAGCACAAUUCUUGAGAUGCAGCAUAUGGGAAUGGUAGAUAAUGAUUUAAGAUCAAAGCUUAAUGAUCCGGAGAAUGAUCUGUCUGUGAGAGCAGCUGCAGCUUCUAUAUACUCGACGUGCAAUUUUCUAUCUUCAAGGGAAAAUGUCAGCUGCUGCUAAUCAUGCUUCACAACAGCUCAAAAUUGUUCGUUUUCAAUCAUACUUUUCUUUUCUUUACUAAUUCAAGAUCUUCUGAUCUCCAUGUGCAUUUACCAAUGUCCUCACUUUAUUCUCCGGCAAGAUAAUGAUUUUUCUGAGCUUAAUUUCAAUAUAGAUUUAGCUGGUGAUAUCACCAUGUAUUGAGUUUUUUCCCCGUAGAUGUUAGGUGUAGAAGCAGAUAUAAGUUUGGAUACUCAUGUCAUAGUUCGAAGAAGUUCUCCUCCACCGUUUUUUCUGCUACAUGAUACUGAAAAGCAACUAAGACAUUGAGCUUUUACUGUAAUUUAGGUGAACGAAUAAGUAUGUUCAGUAUCUUAUUUGCUAA